CGACGAGUGUUUGUACGGCGCAGAGAGCGCCCGAACUGGCUGGAUUAAUAUGCACAUUCAUUUGAUUUUAAGUCAGUUGAACGCGAACGGCUAACUAGCUUAGUCGGGGUGUGUACUUAAAGUCGUGCUAUUUGUAGCUUUUUUUUUGUGUGGCCUUUGAACUUUCCCGCGCGAUAAUGAGGCAUUCUUCGCUUCUCACGGUGUUCGCGGUUCUCGGAGUGGUGCUGACGACGGCGGUUCUAGGCCAGCAGCAGCAGAGCCUGCCCAAGGCAUCUGGGAGUACGCCCCUCGAUGGAACCGCCUUUGAGGAGGUCGUCGUUGAGACGUCUUUUUACGUAAAGGGUAAACCAGCUGCGGCCUCUCUGCGCCAGCAGCGAAUCUUGGCCGGGCGAGAGAAAGGCAUCGUGCGAACUCGGCGUGAAAUCAGCCAUGGAACCGAGCUGGACGGAGUGCCGCUAAAGUCGAACGCGCUGAGUCCGGUCGUGGGACACCACAAACAUUCCCAAGACCAGCAGGACUUUUUGCGGUCGUUCUUCGACAAAGGCUUCAACAACGGAGCCGCAAAAGCUGAGCAGCGCGCUUUCCACAAGCAGAAAACGGUGACGACGAAGCCGUCCCGUGGAAAUAUGCUCCAUUGAGGCCGCCACCUGUGGGACCAUCCAAAGUCCAUGUGGUCCGGACGUAUCAUUCGCGCGAAUGCAAAUCGACUUGUGUGACUUUCAUGUGAAAUUGGCGGUGCUUUUUGUUUGUUGUGCUUAUUUGAUUUGUAGGAAGUUGUUGACCUGUUUUAAAAAAGCUGGUUUUUUUUAAUUUUUUUUUGUUCAGUGAUUUUGAGUUCGUUUUAUGUGGUGUUGAGUCGUAAGCCUAAUCAAUUCAAACUGUUGUACAAUAAAAGUAAAUAACAUUUUUUUUACAAUCUAAAA